AUGAGCUACAAUCGACGAGGAGGUUUCGGUGGACGCAGUCGCGGCCGCGGCGGGAACCGCGGCGGCAACCGCAGCAGCUACACUGGCGGGCGAGGGAGCGGCUACUCGAACGCGUCGUCCGUCGGUAACGAGGUCUGCCGUCGGUAUAUGGACAGCGGCAAGUGCGACUUCGAGCAAACGUCCGGCGGCCGACCGUGUCGGUAUCCGCACUUUGUCCGGACAAUUGGCGUCACCCGCGGCCACAGUGGCGCGAUCAAAGACGUGGUCAUGUGGUCCGAGCGGCAGCAGCUGUUUACGUGCUCGGCCGACGCGAGUAUCAAGCUCUGGGACUGCGCAACGUGGCAGGAGGUUACGACGAUCAGUGUGCAGGACGCGCUCCCUCCGUCGAGUAAUAGUACCGGUAGUGGUGGCGGUAUUCCUACUACGAGUCACAGUUAUAACCCAACGGGAGGAGCUCCUCGCAGUAGUAAUACUACUACUACUACUCCGUCCUCGUCACGGGAUGCGGGACAGACGCCCCAUUCCGACGGCGUCAUGGCGCUCGUGCUCUGUGGCCCGUUUCUCUUCGCAGGCUUUGCAGGGUGUUUCCGACCGAAUCCGAAGGUCUCGAUUGGAAAAGUUCGAGGUUGGAAUCUCGAGACCCCUCAAGUGCCUCCGUUCGAGUUUAUAACAUCCGAGAGUCUACCAUUUGCUCAUGCGAUGAGCGUCCAAGCCCUGGCUGUAGCCACUGACAGAACCGGUAAUGCGACGCUGUUUAGCGGGAGUGCAGAUGGCUGCAUUCGGUACUGGCAGAUGGAGACAUCCAGUAACCAGUUCAAGUGUCGCGGCGUCCUGGACGGCCAUGUCCGUGGCGUGACCCGACUCAAGACAUUUGCCGUGGGCGGCGUCCCGAUCUUGGCGUCAGCGAGCGUUGACUCGACGAUUCGGCUCUGGGACUUGGCCACGUAUCAGUGUGUGAAGGUGCUCUCGGCAGAAGAAAAUGGCCACUUGGAUGCGGUCAUGGACCUCGAGUUUUGGGUGAACAAGAACGAGACGUUCCUCAUUAGUGGCGGCUUGGACGCGGAGAUUAUUGUCUGGGGCCUCACGCCGCCGUUCCAGCAACUGUUUAAAGAGACACAGGACUCGCAGGUGACGGCUUUGUGCGGAAUGCAGGACGCAGCACAAGCUCCGAUUCUUCUUAUUGGCAUGGCGGACGGCACGAUCUCAGUGAAAGAGCUGCCGUCGUUUGCGUACAAGACGACAUUGGGUGCCGAUCUCAAUCAAGGCCACCACGAUGCGGUGCGGCGCAUCACGACUGGUCCGAGCAAUACGUUCUUCUCCACUGGCAACGACCGCAAGAUGAUUGCUUGGCAGAUCACGGGCGAUGUCAAUUCCAUUCAGUCCAAGUGA